AUGGGACAAACUGUGACGACUCCUCUUUCCCUUACCCUAAGCCAUUGGACCGAAGUUCGGGCCAGAGCCCAUAAUUUUUCGGUAGAGGUGAAGAAAGGAAAGUGGCAGACUUUGUGUGCCUCUGAAUGGCCAACAUUUCAGAUAGGAUGGCCCCCCGAAGGAUCCUUUUUAUUAGACAAGAUUAAGCUGCUGAAGUCUAAGAUAUUUAAUAUAGAUCCCCACGGACAUCCAGACCAAGUACCAUAUGUCUUGGUCUGGGAAUAUUUAAUUCUCUCCCCACCUCCGUGGGUCCGGCCCUUUGUUUCCUCAACAGGUACGUCCGCGCACACAUCAGCAGCGUCGGAGAUAUUAGCCUUAAAGAAAAACCCCAACACGGAAAAGCUACCUGACGCCCCGGAUCCACCGAAGGCGAUUUAUCCUGACCCGCAGUCCGAUUUGCUUCUUUUGGAUUCCCCACCCCCUUAUCCUCCGGCCCCAAAUCCCCUACCACCUAGAGGACCCCCAGCUCCACUGCCCUCGGCACCAAGGGAACCAUCCAUGAUGGAAGAAGAAAGGGGUCCCUCAGCGGGCACUAGGAGCCGGAGGGCUAUCUCCCCGGACUCCACUGCCCUACCUCUUAGAGAGUAUGGCCCCCCCGACGGCCAAGGGAAUAGACCUCUCCAAUAUUGGCCCUUUUCCUCUGCAGAUCUUUAUAAUUGGAAAAUGCAUAACCCAACUUUUUCCGAAAAUCCACAGGCCCUUACCGCUUUAAUAGAAUCUCUUGUUUUCUCCCACCAGCCCACAUGGGAUGAUUGUCAGCAGCUGCUUCAGACUCUCCUAACGACUGAGGAGAGGCAACGGGUUCUUUUAGAAGCCAGAAAAAAUGUAUUAGGCGCCAAUGGGCAACCUACCCAGCUACCUAACGAGAUUGAUGUUGGUUUCCCACUCGUCAGGCCAAACUGGGAUUUCAAUGCCCCAGAAGGUAGGGAGCGCCUGAAAAUGUAUCGCCAGGCUCUGGUGGCGGGUCUCCAUGGAGCGGCCAGACGGCCCACUAAUUUGGCUAAGGUAAGGGAAGUAACUCAGGGGCCCCAGGAAUCGCCAACUGUGUUCCUGGAACGUUUAAUGGAAGCCUUUAGACGCUUUACCCCUUAUGAUCCAACUUCGGAGGAACAUAGGGCUACUAUAGCAAUGGCUUUCAUUGAUCAAGCGGCCCCUGAUAUUAGGAAGAAAUUACAGAGGCUAGAUGGCUUGCAGGGAUUUUCGCUUCAGGAGUUAGUAAAAGAGGCAGAUAAAGUAUAUAACAAAAGAGAAACAGAGGAAGAGAAGGAAGAAAGAAAGCAGAAAGAGCAGGCAGCCCGUGAAAGAAGACGAGAUAAGAGACAAGAGAGGAAUUUAAGUAAGAUACUGGCCACUGUGGUUGGAGGAAGAAAUAUAGGGGAUAGAAAUGGGCAGGAAGGGCGAACGGCAGACAGAAGGCGACCAUUAGACAAGGACCAAUGUGCCUACUGUAAAGAAAAAGGACAUUGGGCGAGAGAAUGCCCUAAGAAAAAGAAUGGAGGAAGGCCAACCAGAAACAAAAUCUUAACAUUGGAAGAAGAAGACUAGGAAAGUCAGGGCUCGAACCCUCUCCCCGAGCCCCGGGUAACUCUUAAAGUGGAGGGGGAACCUGUUCAAUUUUUGGUAGAUACCGGAGCCCAGCACUCCGUCCUUCUCCACUCAAAAGGUCCUAUCUCAGCUAAAAGGUCAUGGGUACAAGGAGCCACUGGGAAUAAACAAUAUUCAUGGACCACACGAAGGACAGUAGAUCUUGGGAUUGGACGAGUAACCCAUUCAUUUUUGAUUAUUCCGGAAUGCCCCUAUCCUUUGCUGGGAAGAGAUUUACUCUCCAAAGUAGGGGCUCAAAUCCACUUUCAGCCAGAAGGUUCCACCAUAACUGAUAAUAAAGGAAGGUUACUUCAAAUAUUGACUAUGAAAUUAGAAGAUGAAUAUAAAUUAUACGAGCAGCCUUCAUCCUCACGAGUUAAUGUUACAGAUUGGGUAACUCGGUUCCCUCAAGCCUGGGCAGAAACUGCCGGAAUGGGGAUGGCCAAAAAUCGGCCCCCGGUGCUAGUGUAACUCAAGGCAACUGUCACCCCAAUAAUGGUCCGUCAAUACCCCAUGAGUAGAGAAGCCAAAGACGGUAUCCGUCCCCAUAUACAGAGGCUACUAGACUUGGGCAUCUUAAUAAGAUGUCAAUCAGCAUGGAACACCCCUCUCCUGCCGGUAAAGAAACCAGGAACAAAUGAUUAUCGGCCGGUGCAGGAUCUACGAGAGGUAAACAAACGGGUGGCAGAUCUCCACCCCACAGUUCCAAACCCUUACAACCUCCUGAGCACUCUUCCACCUCAACAUACGUGGUAUACUGUUUUGGACCUUAAAGAUGCUUUUUUCUGUUUAAGACUCUCUCCCCUGAGCCAACCCUACUUUGCCUUCGAAUGGAAAGAUCCAACAUCGGGAAUGUCUGGUCAGCUGACAUGGACACGGCUACCUCAGGGAUUCAAGAACUCCCCGACCAUCUUUGAUGAAGCCCUCCAUCAGGAUUUGGCAUUAUAUAGAGAAUCAAAUCCCCAGGUAACAUUACUCCAAUACGUUGAUGAUAUUUUAUUAGCUGCUGAGACCCAAGAAGAUUGUAUCAAGGGUACUGAAAAACUGUUAACGGAACUUGGAACCCUGGGAUAUAGAGCCUCAGCCAAGAAAGCACAAAUAUGCCAACAACAGGUCAGUUACCUGGGGUAUCUAUUAAAAGGGGGGCAAAGAUGGCUCACGGAGAGCAGAAAGGAUACGGUGGCCCAAAUUCCGGCUCCCAAAAACGCCAGGCAGGUUAGAGAAUUUUUGGGGACGGCCGGAUUCUGUAGACUAUGGAUUCCAGGGUUUGCUGAGCUGGCAGCCCCAUUGUACCCCCUAACCAAAAACAGCACUCCUUUCGUUUGGGGCGAUAAGGAACAACGGGCUUUUGACCAAAUCAAACGAGCUUUACUUUCAGCUCCAGCCCUAGGACUGCCAGAUGUAACCAAACCUUUUCAUUUAUAUGUGGCCGAAAAUAAGGGCAUUGCAAAAGGAGUAUUGACUCAGAAAUUGGGUCCCUGGAAUCGCCCAGUUGCUUAUUUGUCAAAAAAAUUGGACCCUGUGGCAUCAGGAUGGCCCACCUGUUUAAAGAUAAUCGCUGCAGUGGCCGUUCUAGUCAAAGAUGCUGACAAACUAACUUUAGGACAAAAUCUAACGAUAACAGCUCCUCAUGCCCUGGAAAAUGUAGUCUGUCAACCACCGGAUAGGUGGCUAACUAAUGCCAGGAUGACCCAUUACCAAACCCUGUUGCUAAAUUCAGAUCGCAUCAAGUUUGCUCCAGCCACAGGACUCAAUCCAGCCACCUUGCUACCUGAUCCUGACUUGGAAGGCUCCACCAUCAUACAUGAUUGUCAGGAAGUACUGGCCGCAGCACACGGCAGUAGGCCAGAUCUGAUGGACCUGCCCCUCCCUGAUGCUGAUUUCACCUGGUUCACGGAUGGGAGCAGUUUCCUGGAGGAAGGAUGGAUAGAGGCUUUCCCAACAAAGAAAGAAACAGCUGCUGUAGUAGCCAAGAAGAUUUUAGAAGAAAUUUUUCCUCGAUUUGGAGCACCAAAGGUAAUAGGGUCUGAUAAUGGUCCAGCCUUCGUCGCCCAGGUAAGUCAGGAUGUGGCCAGAUAUUUGGGGACUGAUUGGAAAUUACAUUGUGCAUAUAGACCCCAGAGUUCAGGUCAGGUAGAAAGAAUGAAUAGAACUCUAAAAGAGACCCUAACCAAAUUGUCCUUGGAGACUGGCGGUACAGAUUGGACGGUGCUCCUUCCUUUAGCCCUGUUCCGGGUUAGGAAUACACCUUCCCGGUACCAUCUUACUCCUUUUGAGGUGCUAUACGGGGCCCCACCUCCCCUUCUCACCUUAGGAGAAGAAAUAAAACCAGACUGUCAAAAUAACACUGACUUGUAUGCUAGGCUAUUGGGACUCCAACUGGUCCAAAAGGAGAUAUGGUCCCAACUCGCCGAGGCCUACCAACCGGGAACACCGGGAGAAACUCAUCCUUUCCAAGUCGGGGACUCCGUAUACGUCCGUCGGCAUCGAACCCAGACGUUGGAACCUCGAUGGAAAGGACCAUACACCGUCCUCCUAACCACCCCAACGGCCAUAAAAGUGGACGGCAUCGCUGCCUGGAUCCAUGCUUCACACGUGAAAGCUGCACCAGCGGCGGCAUCAUCAGGAUGGCAGGCCCAAAGAACCGACAACCCGCUCAAACUCAAGCUUCUACGAACCUAA